GCAGAGGCUGUGCGCUGAACUGGUUCUGAAAGGCUGAGCUCCUCCAUUUCCUCCGCUCUAACAGACAAGUGAACACUGACAGACACACAAACAGACACAGACAUACAAAGACUACUGGGAUGCCGCUGUGGAAGAAAAUUCGCCCUUCUUCAGCUGCUGGGAAACUAGAGGCUCAGAAUGUGUCCAGCGUCUUUGCUGAGCUGGGGAGUGCAGGAGAGCGAGGGACUAAGAUGUCGGGGCCCGAGCAGCGGGGAGAGAGAUCGGACCCUGGUGUCGCAAGGGUGUACCUGGGGGCCGUGUCAGAGGUCAGGCCACCUCCUAAGUGGCUGGAGCGUGAGCUGCUGAGACAGGAGAACCGUCGCCACUCUGUAACCAUGGGAGACCAGGUCAAACUGAGGUCACGACUACUCUACAGUGACGAUCCCACACACAGCCUCAGCAAGCUCAAGAUUGAGCAGAGAGUAUCCCUUGAAAGCCUGACAAAGCUCAAACUGGCAUUCGAGGAAUUUGAAAUGGUUGGCCAAAGAUCACUGGAUGUGUUGAACUUUGGACUGAUAGUGAAGAAGUGUUUGGGCUUACACAACAUAAACAAUGCCCAGAUCCAAGAACUAUUCAUGAAGAUCGAUUAUUCUGGCCAGGGGAGGAUUGAAUGGGAUGAGUUCUGUACGUACAUGCAGUUGGAGUACACAGAGAAGGAGGAGUCAGUGUUGCGCAGCAAACAGGUGGCGUUCUCCCUGCCAGCCACGGUCAGGGCCCUAAGCCACGGAGAGCCCGUUCUGCGCGUCCACUCCACACCCGAUGGCACCAUCAUCACCGUCCGCGAGGAUGGGGCUGUCUACUACUGGAGCCCCGAGCUCAACCUGAAGAGGAGCAAGAGCGUGUUUCAUGAAAGACCUGUGAGCAGAAAACCAAAAUGGGCAACUGAUUUUAUCACCAUGCCACAGUACAACAAACUUAUCAUGGGAACAGGAGACAGAGAGAUCCAGUUGUAUGAGCUGUCCUCUCUAGAGCCGUACUGUCAGAUCAGUUCCCUGGAGACAGUCCCUCUGAGAUUGGACUACUGCUACACCGGACCUGAUGAGUGUUCUAUUUUGUAUGGAGACUCCCAGGGCUGCGUGAAUAUCAUAUUAAUUACCUCCGUGGGGGAGACUCUGAGAAUGUGGAAGAAAUUACCAAAAAUUGAGAAUGUGCCUAACAUCGGGAUAGACAACGCAGUGCUUUCUCAGAAUGUGACAUACAUUCGAUGGAAGGUCCACCAGGACUGGGUGACAAAGGUGAAAUAUUUUCCAGACAUUUGUGCGAUUGUUUCCACCUCCAAUCAUGAAGCCUCUUCCCUCGUCAUAGGCUGCGUUCUCCCGUCCACCAACAUCGAGCAGCAGAUGAGGGAAAUCAGGGAGGUGUGUCGGGAUGGGAAGGCCAAGAGAGCCCUUUCUAAUAACAAUGGGUAUCCUCAGCCCCGGGCACCAUGUGACCAGACCGUCUUCAAUGUCUACAAGGGCGUCAUGACCUUUGACCUCAGCAAACAGCACAACCUGCUGGUGACCGGAGGGAUGGACAGGGUGCUGCGUCUGUGGAACCCCUACGUUCCUGGGAAGCCCACAGGUGUGUUAAAGGGACACUCUGCUCCCAUCUUCUACCUCUUCAUCUCCUCAGAGGAAAACCGUAUAUUUUCUGUCUCUAUGGACAACACUGCCAAGAUCUGGGAUAUCCAUGACCAAAUCUGCCUCAUCACAGCCCACCCCAAAGCCAGCCUCAUCCGUGGAGACAUGUCUGCAUGCCUGUAUUCUCCUUCCAUCAAGGCACUGUACAUCGCAGCAGACUCACUAGCGCUGCUCUCUCUCAGGACCAGUCCCCAGCCCCAGGGACAUCUGAUCGUGUCUCACAUGGAGCCUGUGUUGUGCUGCGGCUAUAGCCACGAGUUCAGACAGGUCGUCAGCUGCACAGAAGGAUCCGUGGUGAAGGUGUGGGAUUUCGACACAGGGAGCCAUGUGUUUGAAUUUGGUGGUGCCCACGGACAGUCUGCCAUUACCUGUAUGACUUUUGACCCCAAGGGAAGGAGACUGGUCACUGGGGGGAGAGAUGGCAUUCUAAAGAUCUGGAACUUUAACAAUGGUCAGUGUCUGAAGAUACUAAAAAAAGAUGGGGAGUCCAACGAGGUGUGUGACUGCACCUACCUGACAGUCCACAGAAACACGUAUGUGAUGUCUGUUGGAUGGGACCGCAGGAUUGACGUCUACUCUGAUUCACCAGACGAGCCUCACCACAUCCAGAAGCCUCAGCCCUCAUGGCAAGACGAUCUGAGGAGGGGCCACAUAGAGGACAUCCUGUGUGUGGCCCAGUGUCCCCCCUCCCUUCUAGCCACCAGCAGCUAUGACGGGGAGGUCAUUGUGUGGAACCUGGUCUCCGGACACAUCCAGUGUCGCUUUGCCAGCCCUUUGCAACCUGACUGCUGCCAUGCCCAAGGGAUGGAUACCUGUGUUCCCAGCAUCAUCUUCCUGAGGAGCCGAGCAUUACAUGCUAAGUUCUCCUCCGCUGCAUGCCUCCUGUCCUCAGGACCCACAGGUUGCAUUCAUUUCUGGAACGUGCUCAACGGUGGGAAAUUAUUGGCCAACUUCGAGGCAUCUAGGUUCCAGCAGCGGAUCACUAAACUGGCAGUGACAAAGGAAGACACCUCACUGUAUGCGGCUGAUCAACUUGGCUAUGUCUAUGUUUAUGACAUAAAGACAUACGCUCUUGGCUCAGAGAGAACCCCACCGAGAGCUGAAAACUACUGGCGUGCCCAUACUGGCAGCAUCACCGGAUUGCAGAUUGUUGACGAUGACCAAGUACUGCUCACCUCAUCUAUAGACUGCACUGUGCGCCUGUGGAGUGCUGACGGAGAGUUUAUAGGGACGUUUGGGCAGCGGGACAAUUGGAGCAUACACACCCCUUCCUCCUGGAAGCAUCCUGCCGUUCCCUAUGAGAUCCUGAUCGACCCUCUGAGCAUGCCAGCUCACCACAUCCUGGAGGGAGAGACCAGUGUGUCCGAUGUCAAUAACGCUGACAACUCUGAGGCCACUAGCACCGAGCAAAAGUCCAACUCGCCCAGCAAGCUUAGACACCCUCCACUGUCCUUCAGCGACACAGACAUCAUGGAGGAGAUGAAAACCUCUUGUUACACAGAAGAACAUGGGAAACGACUCCGACAUGAAAUAUUCAAGCAUACUAACAAGCCACCCAAUCAUGGCGGACCCAAGGCCUACCACACUCUCAAGUACUUUGAUAUCGUCGACACCCCAGCCACCUGCGAGAGGCCUGAUCUUUCCCUGGCUGGCAUAGAUCCUUUCAUGUCCAGCUUUGUGGAGCAGGAGUUGACUGAAUUCCAAUAAGAUCCCAAUUGUGACAGGAACUCAAACUGUGACCAUAGGUCCUGUGCACCAUGAACUCAACGUGCUUCAAGGGCAGAGGAGUUACAACACCAUCACAAGUAAUCAGAAGAGCUGAAAUGUGAGCUGUUGCACAACUUUAAAGAGUUGCACAGUCCUGGAUUGUUUAGGGGAGACCGGGGUUUGUUGUCACACUUUUUUACUAAUUAGUGUAUUUCUCAGCACCAGUAUAUCUUACAAGACUAUUUUCAAUAAGAUUAAGACCAAGGUCUUGGGUUGAAAUGGGGACCAUGUCUAUCCUCUUAUCUUAUUCCAACAUGGAUUUAUAAGCCAUUAAACAUUCUCUGUCAUCUUGUGACAACCUGG